AUGGGACUGGCCGCGCUGCUCCUCACGGCCUUUGUAGGCCUGGCCAAGGGCCUCGCCUCGACUGAUACCAUCACCUGGGGCGGUGACAACUCCAGAGCUGGAUACCAGACGAACCACAACAUGGACCCUUCUGUCGUUGGGAGCUCCUCGUUUGGCCAGUUGUUCCAGACCAAGCUUCCCGGCUUCUAUGCCGACGCUGCCGAGCAAAUCUUCUCCCAGCCUCUCGUCUAUACGCCCAGCAGCGGCACAAAGCAAUAUGUCUAUGUGGCCACCACGCAGAACAACGUAUACAAGCUCGAUGCGAAGUCUGGCGAGAUCCUGGCGUCGAGAAGCCUUCACAUCCCCUUCCUGGCUGCAGACCUCGAUGGGUGUGUUGACAUCAACCCGGCCAUUGGAAUCACCGCCACCGGUGUGAUUGACCCUGAUACCGACAUUCUGUACUACACCUCCAAGACGUAUGUCGAUCAGAGCAAGCUGGGCAUACCGCAGGGCCGCGAUGCUGGCCGAUACUUUAUCCACGCCCUGGACGUUAAUGAUCUGAGCGAGAAGCCCAACUUCCCCGUCCCCAUAGAUGGAGUCAUUGCCCGCAAUAAUGAUGUGCGCAUGUUCACUGGUGGAAUUCACCUCCAGCGAACCGCACUGCUUCACACUGGCCAAUAUAUCUAUGCCGGAUUCGCUUCUCACUGCGUGCAGUAUAACUUCACGGGCUGGAUCAUCGGCUGGGACAAGGACACUGGGAAGAUAGUCGAGCACUACGCCAUGGAGGGCAAAGGCGUUCCCAACGAUAUCAAGGGCGCUGGUCUUUGGAUGUCUGGCGGAGGCAUUGCUUCUGACGAUGCUGGUUCGAUCUGGUACGCUACUGGCAACGGCUACGCGUCUCAGCUGGCCAAUGUGCCCGUCAAGGGCUUCAACCCGCCCACUUCCCUGGAAGAGGCUGCCGUGCAUAUGACAAUCAACGACGACGGCUCUCUGAAUCUAGUCGAUUUCUUCAUGCCCUGGGAGAAGCAGGCCUUGGACGGUGCCGACAAGGACCUCGGAACGAGCCCUCUCGAGAUCCUUCCGAGCGAAUUUGCUUGCGGAGACAUGAAGCGCAUUGGCGUUGUCACUGGGAAAAGCGGCAAAACCUAUUGGCUCAACCUGGAUAACCUGGGCGGAUAUAGAAACGGGCCCAACAAUCUGGAUGAUGCUAUUCAGACCUACCAGAACGACAACUCCGUCUACGCGGGUGCUGGCGUCUACCCCCUCGAAGGCGGAUACAUCUACAUCAACGUCAUCCAGCACCCUUCCAACGUCUUUAAGUUUUCUUGUACCGACGGCGUUCCAUCGUUUACCAAAGUUGCUACGACUCCCGAGACGAAUGCGUAUAUUCUCGGGGUCAGCCACGGGACUACCACAUCCCUCAACGGGCAGCCCGGCACUGGUCUUCUGUGGGUGACCGAUGUCCAGGGCUUGAAUCUGCGUAUCUACGACGCCGUCCCCAAGAAUGGCGUGCUCAACAUGAUCAACUCGUUCAACAUUCCUGGCGUCAUGAAGUUCACCCGGCCCGUCUUUGGAGACGGCAUCGUGUACGUUGGCACUAACCAGGGACAAUUCUAUGGGUUUGGCUCGCCUGUCAAGUCACCCCUCAACUGCACUUCACCAGUUGCCUUUGGAAGUGUAAACCUCAAAACGUCCAGCGAAUCUCGAAAAGUUGAAUGCACGGCUCUGAUUGAUGUGAGCGUUACCGGCAUCGCGCUGGACUCGACUAGGGACUACAGCAUCUCUGGCGUCCCUACUACGCCUCUCGAGCUGGCAGAGGGCGAGUCUUUUACCAUCCAGGCCAAGUUUGCGCCUACCGCUGUUGGGCUCAUUUCAAAUGACAUCGUCGUCAACACGACAAACAGUGUUACUGGCUUCAGCUCCAAUACUCACGCUCGGCUGACCGGAACCGGUCAAAGCCCUGGCCCUUUGUUGUCUGUGGCUCCGACGACGAUUACCUUCCAGGGUGUCGUUACCGGAGAGAACCCCGACGGCGUCACGGAAACUCUGAUUCUCAACAAUCUGGGAAACGGGCCUCUUACGAUUCAGAGCAUACUGUAUUCAUCCGCCAGUGCGCAUGGCCCUUGGGAAACAUGGAAUGGUCCAGGCGAUCUGACAGUCGGCAAGUUCACCUUUCAGAAACUCCCAUCUUCUCUCGGUCCACAGGACAGCAAGGCUAUCCAAGUCAAGUUUGAUGGCUCUAGAAGUGGCACCUUUUCUGCCUUUGUCACCUUUGUCUCCAAUGGCGGCAACCAGACGGUGUCCAUUGCGGGCUCUUCCGGGCCUGCUGCCGUCGCACUGCUCGAGUUCCAGCGCCCCGAUGGAUCUGGCUGGGCAAAGUAUGUCAACGGCACUCCUUUUACAUUUGGCAAUGUGACGGAAAACAACGGUCGUUCUCUCAAGUUCCGCAUUACCAACGCCGCAGCUGAGGGAGGUGUCAACCUGUCUCUCACCGUUUCCAAGCCGCCUUUUGGUGCGACCGGUCUCGUCAGAGCCAUUAACCAGGUUGAUCUCGCAGAGGGCACCUCUUUGGCUCCAGGAGAGAGUGCGAAUGCUACCCUCACCUGUACCGUUCCCAAGUCCCAGUGGAACGUCGACCCUUACAACGGCACCGCGCAGUGGACCUUGAACACGAACGAUCCGAAGCUCGGAAAGCAGUUUGUUCAGUUCUUCUGCCAGGCCGUGGCAGAGCAGGCUCCUCCUCUGCUACCAAACAGUGACCAGGGGCGUUAUCGAUACGUCGGAUGCUUCAAGGAGGACAACCCUGGCCGCCAGCUCUCCAAUCAGCUGUACGGAGCGGAGGAGAGCACCAAUGCCAUGUGCAUCUCUGCGUGUGCCGAGAAAAACUAUGCCUACUGCGGUACUCAGUACCAUACCGAGUGCUGGGGCGGCAACACCAUUCCCAACCUCCAGGUAGACGACGCCAACUGCAACUACUACUGCGGCGGAGACAUCAACGAGGUGUGUGGUGGAAAUGGCGACGGCACUGCGGCCUACAUUUCACUGUUUGCUGAUUCUCUGCGCCCCGGUGAUGGAUCCCAUCCUCCUCCCCCAUCUGGUGGCCCUGUUGUUAAUCCUGGGGUUGAUGGUUAUGCCAGCAUUGGAUGCUAUACCGAAGCCACUGACGCGCGUGCUCUUCCCAACGGCGCGGAGACCGAUGAGCACACCGUGGCGGAGUGUGUCGGGGCCUGCAAAGCCAGCCACUACAUCUAUGCGGGCAUCGAAUAUGGUGGAGAGUGCUGGUGUGGCGACUCCUUCAACGAGGGCUCGGUUCCUGCUCCCAUCGCGGAGUGCGGAAUGACUUGCAAUGACAACUCGACUGAAUACUGCGGUGGUCCAGACCGUCUCAACGCCUACAAGCUUGACAUCACCAUCGUGUCUACGACAACCUCUACCACCGUUGGUACAGUCACUGCGACUACCUCUCCGUAUGAAAGUACGACGUUGGUUGCUACCACUACGGCACUCGAUGCCACCACGACCACUGCGCCCACGACCGUUCCUACCAGCAGCCCAGCUCCUACCGGCCCUGUCGUCAACCCCGGACAGGAUGGAUACUCAAGCGUUGGAUGCUACACUGAAGCCACGGACGCGCGAGCCCUCGCCAACUUCAUCGAGACAGGCAACAAAACGGUUGGCGACUGCCUGGAGGCAUGCAGCGCGGAUGGCUAUCUCUAUGCCGGCCUCGAGUACGGCGGAGAGUGCUGGUGUGGUGAUUUGCUCGGCAAGGGAUCUACCCGCGCACCGAUCGAGGACUGCAGCAUGACUUGCAAUGACAACUCGACCGAGUUCUGCGGUGGCCCGAACCGACUCAACGUUUACAACCUUGCUAAGCUGCCCACGCCCACGAGUACGGUGCCUCCAACUGCAACUUCUACUACCUCUGCUCCGACGCCGACUGGCCCAGCCAUCAAGAAGUAUGUCAGGGACUACAGCUUUCAGGGGUGCUGGGAGGAGCCGCUCGAUGCCCGGGCUAUCAUUGAGCAGAUGUACGCGGACGAUUCGAUGUCGCUCGAGUCUUGCGCUGAUUUCUGCAGGGGGUAUACUUACUUUGGCACCGAGUACGGCCGAGAGUGCUACUGUGGCAAUGUUCUGGAAGAGGGCAGCCAGAAGGCAGCUAAUCAGGAUGACUGCUCGUUCCCCUGUGCCGGUAACGACAAGGAAUUCUGCGGCGCUGGAUCCAGGCUCGAGCUGUACAAGAUUCAUUCCAACUUCACGACCUCUUCUGCGCCGUCCAGCACGGCGACAAGUCCUGGCAACGAGAAUUUUACCUACUACGGGUGCCUGUCGGAGCCUUCAGCGGGCAAGCUGAUGGACAACCAGGUCUACAACAACGACACCGCCAUGACGCCCCAGGUGUGCUUGUCUCACUGCGUAGAGUACAAGUACGCCGGCGUUGAGUAUGGCCAGGAGUGCUGGUGCGGCGAUUCGGUGGAUCUUGCCGGCUGGGAGGAUGCCGUGCCGGGCAGGAACGUGACGAGUUCCGAGUGCAAUGUUGUGUGUCCUGGGAAUUCCACGGAGUAUUGUGGUGCUGGGAAUAGGUUGCAGCUGUAUGUCAAGAAGUCGGCUUUGCUGAUUCGGUAG